AUGAUUGCCAGACUAGACUCCAUCACAGCAGCCGAAUCCGAACAUGCUUCAACUGAACACACGAAACACAGGCAAAGAUCUCCACGACUUAUUCGCUCGCAAUCAACCGGGAAGAGUUCACAAAGCAUAGGUCUUCAGAACGAAUAUCCAUCUAUCCCAUCUAUCCGUCUUCCUUGGCCCGAGCGUGGUGCACAAACCAUAUGCAUUCCUAACCCGAGAAGGAAAAUGAUUGCCAGGCUAGACUCCACCACAGCAGCCAAAUCCGAACAUGUCCCAAGUGAACAAAGGCAAAGAUUUCCACGAGCUAUCCGCUCACUCAAGAAGACCAUGCGAUCAAGCAGGAAAUGUUCUUGUGCUCAACGAAUAUCCAUCUAUCCAUCUAUCCAUCUGUCUUCCAUGGCCCAAGCGUGGUGCACAAACCAUAUGCAGAUCCUCGCCUCGAAGAAUCCAGUCCUCUUUGUGCAUCAGAUAGAUGAGAAAAGGAAGUCAACUCAGGGCGCUUGA